AAUAAAGAGCAGUCUCCAUCGACAGUAGUCUACACUGAAUACUCCGGAGUGAGAGAACAAGGAAAGCGAGCUGAAAUCUCUGCGGUGCAGAGCUGGAAGGUUGCUCUCCAUGCGAAAAACAGACGCCUUGGUCCUACUCACUCAGAUCAACGCUUUCUUGGCAAUACGGACAUACAAUUCAAAACUGCUGCGAACGGGACGGGAGCCCAUCGACGGCACUCGGUAUUCCAUUUAAUUUAUGAGUUUUUAAAAUUCUUUUUGGCUUUAAAUUUAUCUUGGGACCUGGUUCCGUACUUCUGCACUAGACAGAUUGAUUUCUACCUCCACUCCUCUCAGAUUUGAACUGUCGAAGUCGCCUGUAUGACGCAUAUUCCGCUGUCGUUUGCUGUGCACUAGACAGAAAGUUUUGCUGCUUUUCGCUCUCUGUGAUUUUAAGCCGCCGAGCGGUGUUGCAUGCCACAGCAUUCGCUUUUGUCGCGGUGGAGGACUACGAGAGACUAUUGCAUGAAACUAGAGAGGGGGGAGAAAGAAAAGUCGAUUUUUGCGACGUUGGCAAACACUUUCGCCUAUCUGCAGAACAGAGACACAAUGAGCACAGAGCUUUCUAUGGGCCCAGAGCUGCCGACCAGUCCUCUUGCAAUGGACUAUGUCAAUGACUUUGAUCUGAUGAAGUUCGACGUGAAGAAGGAGGCCCUAGCGGGACUCGAACGCGCCAACAUUCGGCAAUGCAACCGACUUCAACCCCAGGGUUCGGUGUCUUCCACCCCGAUCAGCACGCCUUGCAGCUCGGUACCAUCCUCGCCAAGCUUCAGUCCAACGGAACAGAAGAACCACCUGGAGGAGCUCUACUGGAUGCCCAGCGGCGGCUACUCGCAGCAGAUUGAUCCACAGACGCUGAGCCUGACACCGGAGGACGCAGUGGAAGCCCUGAUUGGUACGGGCCACGGGCACCCACCACCGCCGCACAUCCAGCAGCAGCUCCAUCAAGGCGGCUACGAGGGCUACCGGGGAGGCCAUCACCACCACAACCACGGCCAUCAUCACCAGUACGGAGGAAUUGGCCACCAUCCUGAUGACCUGCCGGGUCACCCGGGGCCACACAACCACGCACACAGCCAGCAUCACCAUCAUCACGACCAGGACGACGACAGCCCUUCUCCUACCUCGCCUGGGUCACACCAGCAGCUACACCACCGCCACCAUCAUCACCAUCAUGGCGGGCAGGGUCACCACGGCGCAGGGGGCGGCCUAAACGUGGAUGACCGCUUCUCCGACGACCAGCUGGUGUCCAUGUCCGUGCGAGAGCUCAACCGGCACCUGCGGGGCUUCGGCAAGGACGAGGUCAUCCGUCUGAAGCAGAAACGACGGACCCUCAAGAACCGGGGCUACGCACAGUCGUGUCGUUACAAGCGCGUGCAGCAGAAGCACGUUCUGGAGAACGAGAAGACCCAUCUCAUGAAUCAGGUGGAGCAACUCAAACAAGAAAUCACCCGGCUGGCCCGCGAGAGAGACGCAUACAAAAUGAAGUGCGAGAAACUUACUGGCGCGAACGGGUUCCGUGAGGCUGGCUCCACGAGUGAUAACCCGUCCUCGCCAGAGUUUUUCAUGUGAGUCAUUCUGAUGUCUGUCAGCUGAUGCUGAAGAAGUAUCGUAGUAAUCAACAUUAUUGAUUAUGAUUAUACUAAUAACAACAUCUGUAUUCAUGUUAGAAGAAUAAUCAACAGAAUAAUAAUCGCAUAUGUAAUCAUCUCCAUCCACUUGGCAACUGAGAUACAAAGAACCAGAUAGAAUGUUUAUCAGACGUGCAGCAUCUUUGUAGGUUAGUUGCUUGUAGAGAAAAUACUUUUUUCCUUUCUAAGAAAAGAAAAAAAAAAACUUUCUUCAUACCAGUACCGCUUUUAUCUUGUUAGUAUUGGAUGACGUCGGACGAGUGUUCUUACAGUGAUUUUGUCCUCGAUUGUUCCGAUAGAAAUCUUAUGAAACAAUAGCUGUGCUAAGAGAAGACUAACUGCUUUGGACCUGAAUGCUUCUCUUGGCAUAAAAAUCAGACAGAAUCUAAACAAAAUAUGCAAACUUUUACGUGGUGUUACCCGCCUGCAACCUAAAACAGUCGAAACAGGGGGACAUUUUAUGCAACAUCUCAUUGGUUUAUUGCCUGCUUGGUUAUAUAUAAAUAUAUAUUAAAAAUCUGCAUUAAAAUAUUAAUCCUGCAUGCUGGACAUGUAUGGUAAUAAUUUCUAUUUUGUACUUUCUUUCUCUUGUGUAUCUUAAAUAGCAUGUUGUCGAUCUGAGCUUCUCCAUAGCAGUUUUCUGGGCGUUAGAAAUGAAAUGGUGACCAUAUCAAGAUGACUGCCUGUGCAGUGUAACAUUGUUUGGGUUUAUUUGGGCUUGUAAAUACAUGCAACAGCAAACUGCACACCAACAUUUAGGAGGAUGGUUUCAACUUCUUUUUUAUUGUUUUGUUUCAUUUGGGUAUCGAUUUUCAGAAAUAUGGGCAUUGGCAGUUGCAUUUAAAGUCAACAAACUUUGUAUAUUAAGUGCACUUUUUGAAUAAUGAUUUUGGUAUUGGCAGUUUUCAUUUUGAGUUUUUUGCAGACCUCCUUAAAGGAAGACAUACUAUAAUGAUGGAUUGCUUAAUUGCAUUACACCAACAAGCAAUUGACAAUUUUAUGACGUUGGACGUACUUUGAAAUAGGCCUACGAUGCAGUGCAGGAGUACUUGCUUAAAGUCUUGGGUCAUCCCCAUGCGUAGCUGAGAACUUUGUCUCGCCAUUUUGGUAUCUCUGCUGUCACAUAUGUUAGGUGGCUUUUAAUGUUGGGUUGGUGCUUUUGGCAUCGUGUCUGCUGCUGAGGUGCUUCCAGUGCUGGUCUGACAUCUAUUGCAUAAUCCAUCCCUAUUAUAUAAUGCGAACAAAACCUAGAGGUCAUAAUAAUUUUACAACUUCAUGAAUAGGAUUUUCAACGGGUAGUCUACUCGAUUAACCUUUUUUUUUCGGUCAGCUUAAUCAAGCGUAAAUAAAAGGCUGAAAUUGUUAUAGGCUUUUCAGUCAUGGUCUAAGGCAUACUCAAAUCAGGGGUUGUGUACAAUUACCUAAUAUUUAGACUGCGCAUGCGAACAUUUUAAUGAUCAAUGUUAUAUGUUUUCCUGUAUUUUUUUCUGCCGGUCAGUAAAAAAGGGGAUACAGGUUUUGCAAAAUCUCAAAAUGAAAAUGAUAUGUAUGUCAUAUGUUAUUAUUAUGUUUCGUUUGUUUUAUUAUUAUUUCGAGAUUCUGGUUCUGCUGGCCAGAUGCAUAGUUAAGUUUUUAUUUUUAAUGAUUUAAAUUAACAAACUGUCAGAUCAUAUUGAACGAGCAUGGUGCUUGCAUUUAAAAUUUAUUGUUGAAAAGUCAUGCAUUUAACAAUCUUUGGUUUGUUACUGAUUCAACUGUGUUGAAAUCAAAUUUUAAAACUGCAGCAGCGGGUUGUUGUUUUGUUUUUUAAUUUCAUGUAUUAUGCGAGGGGAUCAAUUUUCAAUCCUGUUUAUAGAAAUGAGAAAAAAAAGUUAAAAUUUGGACUGUUGUAGUUCCAUUCAGGCUGGUUUCUGUUUCGUCUUACUUUUGUUGUUUUUGGAAGAAAUGGUUUCCUAUUUUGCUUAUUAAAGUCAUUGAAAUGGCA